GGUGCGCGUGUGACCGGGGUGGGCCGUCCCAGCGCUCGCCUCUGCCUCUCACUCUGGAAUCGUCAGCGUGGUAGGACAGCCCUCGCCGGCCGUGGAGCCCUUGGAAGGUCUCCUGGUGGGAUCGCUUCAGUGAAUCAGCGCUUUUUUGCAUACCUGCCUGGCCGAGACAGAAGGCAGGUGAAGGUUACAAGCGGUAAAUCAUAUUGCGCACCGCCUGCUCAGUGGACUCCGGCACCUCCUUACAUGCUGGCUGACGACUCCACGGAGACCACAACACUCGUGCAGCAGCGCUAGGGCCUCGCUGCUCCGUGUGGCUGCGGCCUGGCGUCACGGCUGCAGAAUUAAAGAGAGACCAGAGCCACGCAUUAAAGACGAACAUGAAGGAGACAAUGGACUAGACGAGGCACGGCAGUAGGCGGCGGCGGCGGCGGUGGGUGGUGGCAGAAGUGGCCAAACAGUGGUGGUGUGGUGGUGGUGGUGUAGUGGUGGUGGAGUGACGCACGGCCGGAGACAGGUGACGGGGCGUAAUCUGGCACUGCAGGCGGGAGUGCCAAGCUACAGGCCACUCAGGAUCUCUCCACGGACUGUCUCGGAGAAGCAGCGCCGGCCGGGGAGACAGAUUGGUGCCCCGGCCGUCGUGACAAGCAAAGACACGGCCGGUGGCUGGCGCUGGCUGGCUGACUGCUGUGCCUCGCGUCCCACUGUGUCACUCAUGCUGCAGGUCCCCGUGAGGCGCCCCAGGACCCCGCCAGUGCCACUCACACCCACGCACCUGUGAGGAUACCAGUGACGUCUCUCCUCUUCACGGCGUCUCCUGCUAGCACCAAAGAAAGCGAUGAGACUCUGGACAGCGGCAGAACACACGGUGGCGGCUGCGGUGGUGGCGGUGGUGGUGGGCUUGGCGGCGAUAGUGACCUCUGCCCCGCCCCCGCCGCCCCUCGCCACACCCCGCCCGGACCUGCUCGCCCUCACUCAGGACUACUGGCACUGGAAGACGCAAGAUUACCCACAGUUCGCCACUCAGGUGGGCAUCAACGACAACACCGCCGGCCGCCUGGAUUCGUACAGCAUGCAGCACCUACAGCAGCGGAAGGCCAAGUGUGAAGAGUUCCUGCAGCGAGCGCAUGAUAUCGACGCCUCCUCACUCUCGCCGGAGGAUUUGAUGACGCUGAAGGUGUUUAAGGAGGAGAUGAUGACUUACAUUCAGAACUUCCCCUAUAAAAAAUACUUCGCGCCGGUCACGUUCAUGGCGGGGCCGCAGGAUGACUUCAAGAGGAUGGUGGAGAAACAAAUGGUGCUUGUCUCUUACAACGACUACCAGAAGCUUUUGUCGAGGUACGGCGAGUUUCCCAGGCAGGCCCAGGAGAUCCUCACACUGCUCAAAGGGAACAUUGACAAUGGAAUCAUGCCCUCCAACUGGUCCAUGGUGGGCGUGGUGGACCAGCUGGACAGUCUCGGAGGCCCCGUGGAGGAUUCAGUGUUCUACAAGCCGUUUGUCCUCAUGCCGCGCACCAUCACCACCGAGCAGAGAACCACACUGAGGCAGCAGGCACAGGAAAGGAUCAAACAGGACCUUCUUCCCUCCUUCAAGAACAUCCGAGACUUUAUUGUGAACCAGUACCUGCCGGCCACGCGCUCUGAGGUGGCGGCGUCGUCACUGCCCGGGGGAGAGGAUUACUACCUGGCGUGCCUCAAAUUCUUCACUAGCACCAACCUCACGCCGCAGGAGAUCCAUAACCUGGGCCUGACGGAGGUGGCCAGGGUGGAGGAGGAGGUGCAGAAGACUGCGGCGGAGAUCGGAAUGGAAGGCAAGACUUUCUCUGAGAUCAGCGAGGCCCUCAAGACUGACCCAGUACAAAGGUUCACCAGCAAGAACGACCUCCUGAACACCUUUAGGAACACCAUCUACAAUGUCAUCUAUCCCCGGGUGCAGGAAAUGUUCCCCAGCCUGCCGCCGACCAACUUCACAGUUGACGGUGAUGACAACCCACAAGCCAUCUUCGCGCGGUACUCUGGCCCCUCCAUGGACGGCUCGCGCCUCGGCUCCUUCAUCCUCAACACUCACUCCUACGACGUGCGCAAGAAGUACGAGGUGAUGGCUCUCUCCCUUCACGAGACGUUGCCCGGCCACCACCUGUACGGCGCCUACAGACAGAUGAACCCCUCCACCCCAAGCUUCCGCAAGUACAUCGACUUCACCUUCUACACCAACACGCCGGCCAGGUUCCCGCUGCACACCGUCUUGAGCGAAGGCUGGGCACUAUACUCUGAGUUCCUUGGCGAAGAGCUUGGCCUGUACACGGACCCCUACCAAAAGAUGGGCCGCCACUCCUUUGAGCUGCUGCGCGCCAGUCGCCUGGUGGUUGACACAGGUAUGCACGCGCUGGGCUGGUCCAGGGACAGGGCUGUGGCCUUCCUGCUGGACCACACGGCGCUGUCAGAAGAAAGCAUACAGGGAGAAGUCAACAGGUACAUCACGUGGCCGGGACAGGCCUGCGCGUACAAAGUGGGCGAGAUCAAGAUCAAGGAGCUGCGGCAGAAGGCGCAGAACGCCCUGGGCAGUCUGUUCCGGCUAUCGGACUUUCACGACGUGCUGCUGAGCUGCAUCGGGCCGCUCAAGAUCGUGGAGGAGUGUGUGGCGAGCUACAUUGAGCAGACAAACCUGGAGAUAGAGAAGCGGGGAGAGGAAAAGGCGGAGGAGGAGGAAAGUGGAGGUGGAGGCAAGGAGGAACACGAGUCCACAGACCCAAGAGAGCAAGGCGUGGGUAGUGUGGGGAGUGUGGCCAACGAGGACACGACCGGUGGGCGCGGCGCCAGUGUGGCGGGCAGCAGCAGCAGCAGCGUGCUGGUGGUGGCGGCGUGUUGGCUGCCCCUGCUGCGCGCCGCGCACCUCAGAUAGUGCCGCCCAGCGUGCAUGGGGCGGCGGCGCCCCGCAGCGCCACACUGCGCCUUGUGAUGCGUGAGUGUACAGCUGUAUAUUGUCGCCAGUCUGUUUGUACAUUAGUACGCUGUGUAGCUUUCUUGUCAUGUCAUAGUCAUAUAUUGUAUAUUUCCUUUCCUCCAGAUGAUUGUAUUUAAAAAGACUUGUAGUGUAGCGGUGGCAUUACACUUCAUCAUUAUCACCGAGUGAGUCUGUGUGUGUCCUCAUGGUUGGAGGGAGGUGUCUCGUGAUGCCGAGUAUGUGAACUGUGGCCGUGUCUGACGCUGAGAACGUUCCCUGUCAGCCUUGGGUGCGCUGUUUGUGAACCUCAACCCACGAGUCUGCCUCCUGUGUACCUGUGUGUGUGUGUGUGUGUGUGUGUGUGUGUGUGUGUGUUCGUCUAUCUAUUCGUCUGUCCGUCUGUCCGUCUGAACGUGUAUGAUGCAUAAUAUUAACUCCAAUUUGGAGUUGAUCAUAGAAUCUGUCAGGCUGAAUAAAGUCCUUUUAUGCAAAACCUG